ACUUUGGUCAAGUGCAGUUGCAACUCCUAGCUUUGGACAUGACAUCAUGAUUUUGCAUAUUUGUUUUGUGGGGUCGAAUAAUAUGUCUUUCUUUGUUUCAAUCGAGCAGUAUGUUCUUCUUCUGGGAUGAAAAAGAUUUCUGAAACUUGAUUUCAUAGGACUGGUGAAUACUCUGAUCAUAUUGUCGUGGAUCACCUACAAGAGUUGGAGACUAUCAAACAGCUUUCUUGCAUUUAAAUUAUAACUAAGAGCUUAAAGAGUAAAGAGUAUCAAAAGAAGUCCCGAAUGGAUAAUAAUAAUUGUCAUGGGCAUUUCAUCAAACAGCUUUCAUGCAUUAAUAUGAUAUCAUCUCCAAGCCAACAGACUUGCCAGUUGGGCAUUUGACAUUACAAAUUUUGAGUUUAGUCUACAGAAAUAUGAGCAGUGAAGCUUAAAUAUCAAACGGUUUGCUUGGUGUACCAAAACUGAUGAAAGGGAAAGUAAAAGAAUGAAGAUUAAAUUGAGAGUUCGGACUUGCCAUACAGGAUUUCGGAGAUUGAGACAACGGGAUGUACAGGCGAGCAAGUGUGAGAGUGAGUUCGAUUCGAGAUGCGAAGAUGGAGAAGCGGAGACGCGAUCGUGGCGGCCGGCGGGAACGAGCCGACGGAGAUGAGUUUCGAAGAAGCAGCGAAGCAAGUUUUCUAGACGAUGAGGAGUGUUUUACUCAGAGUCAGAAUUUCCAAUGGGUGCAAGGGAAAGCUGGGGAAGAUCGAGUACAUGUUAUAGUGUAUGAAGAACAAGGAUGGGUUUCUUUCGGGAUUUAUGAUGGAUUUAAUGGUCCUGAUGCUCCUUAUUUUCUCUUAUCGAAUAUGUAUCAAUGUGUUUAUAAACAACUCAAAGGUUUGUUAUGGGAUGAUAAACUUGUUUCAUCAAAUUCUAAUUCUUCAGUGUAA